UACAACUUCGAGCUCAGCCAUGUUGUGGUUUUGAAUGAGGAAGAAGCGGGAGAGGUUAUCGUUUAGUGAGUUUAUACGCCGUAUUUUUGUAUUUGAAGUAUUACAUUGGGUUAUUUUUGGCCCCUUGGUUAUUUAAGAAACAUCAAUUGCAUUGUAGAAUGUGGUACUAGUGAUUAAACUCAGUCAAGUGCGGAUUAAAGUCCUAGUAGCUAAAGCCACAUACAACAAGCUUGUUAGCUAGCUAGUUUAGCUAACCAGCUUUCAAGCUUGUUAGCUGUGCGAGCUAAAUAACAAACUCAUUUCAAGGGAAGGAAGGGGGAAGGUAACCUGAUUAGUAGUGUUGGUCAACUAGGUACGAUUUACUUGCCCCGGCCGAAUGACGUUGGGUGGCUUUAUGUGCUUUUGGCUGCGCUGGCGGGCAGGUUGGAAGCAACCAUAUGGAUACCUUUUUUUCGCGGGCGGGAGGUUUUAAACUUCUCUAGCUAAACAUGUUCAAUAAAUUUUACGAAUGGAUUGGAACGGGCUUCGCUAAUCUCCGCUACGGACUGCCAGCUCCCGACCAACAGGAUAACGUUGAUACACAUGGAAUUCAACAACGGCGUCCGAUCAGGAGAAAAAGACCUAUCGACUGUUUGGAGGACAGAGAGGCUGUUGACCAUGAUGACCAAGCCCUAGCAGUGAAGAAAUUCCGGAUGGGGGAUAUUGUUCAUACAGUAAAGACUGCGGCUGAAGGGGUGAAGAGCCAUAGUGCCGAUGUGGCUUCGUGGGUACGGAACAGUGUGACCCCUACCUUGAGGAACAUACUGCCUGCAUCCCCUGGUCCUCUAGAAGAACACCCAGGGGAAGAGCCUCCAGAAGAGCCCCAACUGGAGCCCUCAACCUUUGCACCCCCUCCCUCAACUGUCUGGGAAGAAACUGAGGUCCUCGAGGUGAGGAACUCUACUCCUCUGGAUGGGACUGUUGUUGCUCCCUCAACAACUCUGAAAUGGAAAAGCUCUAAAUCAGGCAAGACUAUUGUACAUUUUCUAAUCUCUAUUCUAAGAAUGUCUUUGCCGGCUGGAAAUGUCAGUAAUGUCGCUAUGGAAAUGGACACUUUUUUUCCUCCUUUCUUCACUGCAGAGUCCUAUAGCAUUGAGAAGUCGAUGGUGGGAUCGACGGUCUGCAGACAGAAAGUUUGCAUGGCUCUUACACAUCGUGAAGCACCCAAAACAAAUGGGCACUCUGUCAGUCAGCCUCCUUCCUCCAGCAGCACCUCUAAGCCAUGUCCCUCUCCCCACCUGGGAAGGACCCACUUCAGAACACCUACAUCAAAUAGACGGUUUACCUCAGCAGGGUUAGGUACAGGAAGCGGCUCCAUCACCAGCAUGCAUGAGAAGACCUUCCCUAUCCGCGUGGUGCAGAGUCCUUCACACGGCAGCUCCUCCUACCGCCUUCUCAGAGCCAGGGCUCGCUGCACUGCACAAGAGUCUGUCCGUGAGGAGGAGAAGGAGGUGUACAGACAGCUACUGGCCAUGGUCUCAGGUGGACAGUCCUCCUCGUGUCACAACGGCAGCUCCCAUGGCUUUCCACGCUCACACAGAGACUUCACCAGCUUCCUGAAUACCAGCAGAUGUCUGCUCCAGUGUUCGUCCCCUGCCUGGUCAGGAGAUGCCUCACGGGGCCCCAGUGGACCCCCAAGCCCCCGCCCAGAGUCCAGCCAGGGGUACAGCAACGUCCCCAGCCCAGGGGAGGGCUCCUCCAGUGGGGCAGGGAACCAGCCAUGGGCCUCUGACUCAGACCUCAGCCCCAGGGGACAAGAGCCAGUACAGUCUGCCCCUUCCCCAGUUACCAUACUGGACACCUUUUCUCAGGACUCACAAUCAUCAGCUCAUGAUGGGGACUCUGUAAUCAUUGUGAAAGAGCAGAAGGGCAAAAGGCCAGACAGUUCAAGUGUACCAUGCUUCCGAGCUGAGCUCUGGAUCAAAGAAUUGUCUAGCAUGUACGACUUCCGUGCCCGGGAGAGACGGAGGCAGAUAGAGGGACAGGAGGCCCUAACUGCUCAGCUGCUGCAACAGCGUAUAUCAGAUGACAGCCAGCUGGGCCACAGGGCCGUGGAGCUGCAUGUUAGAGUCCCUCUGGAGAAGGAGGUUCCUCUGGCUCCCUUCAUAGAGGAACCCAAACCCACAGAGGAGAAACCAGAGUUCCCUGAGCUCACUGAGGAUAUGGAGGGGGAGGUGGGCCGGGCGCUGACAGUAGGCAGCCAGGACGAGGUGCUGAGUGAAGGCUUCAGACUCACCAUCACACGCAAAGACCUCCAGACCCUCAGCCACCUCAACUGGCUCAACGAUGAGGUGAUCAACUUCUACAUGAACCUGCUGGUGGAGCGCAGUAAGGAUCCCAGCCUGCCGACGGUCCACACCUUCAACACCUUCUUUUUCCCCAAGCUACGCAGUGCAGGCUACUCUGCCGUACGCCGCUGGACCAAAAAGAUGGACAUCUUCUCAAUGGACGUCAUACUGGUGCCUGUCCACCUGGGGGUGCACUGGUGCCUCUCUGUAGUGGAUCUCCGUAAGAAGAGUAUCACAUACUUUGAUUCAAUGGGAGGGAACAAUGACGAAGCCUGCAGGAUACUGCUGCAAUAUCUGCAGCAGGAAAGCAAGGACAAGAAGGGCAAAGACCUGGAUACCGCAGAAUGGACUGUGCAGAGCAAGAAACGCCAUGAGAUUCCUCAGCAGAUGAACGGAAAUGACUGUGGAAUGUUCACAUGUAAAUAUGCAGAGUACGUCACCAAAGACAAGCCAAUCACAUUCACACAAAAACACAUGCCCUACUUCAGGAGACGCAUGGUCUGGGAGAUAUUGAAUCGGAAACUGUUGUGAUGAAAUCGUGGAGAGAUUUUUGAACUGAUAGCUACAGUCUGCUCAAGGGGAGGUGUCUGCAAUGAUGAUGGUGCCUAAGAUGCUGUGGCUGUUAAGCUGGAGGAGGAUUCAGCUGGUCUGCUCCUGGGUGGGAAAGAGACUUAAUCUGGUGGAGCUCUGAGCCCCCCCCCCCCCCCCCCACAAGUCCAAUCCAGUGGAGGAUUUGACUCUGCCAUCUCUAAGGAUUUGCUUAUUUGGUCUUGAGCUUGAAAGGAGGAAUGGAAUGGAAAAGCAAUACCUCAUCUCAGUGUUUUAUGUUGUGGUCCACUGUCACAAGUUGGGAAGUCUGGGGUCAUUUUGUAUCACCCAGCAAAGUUUGAAUUGGUGUUGUUUUCUAUAAAUCAUACUCAUCAGAACAUCUGUCUAGUGAAGUUGGACCAACCAGUAUUUUGUCACUGAUAUUUUUGUAAACUACUUAAGUACAGCUCAAAGAAAGUUUGGUGUUCUGACGCUGACACCUUAUUUUUCUAUAGUGUAUGGUUGAUACCCAUACCUGGUUCAAUAAACUGGUUCAAUCAGCGAACA